ACCCCCGUUCCGUAUAACCGUAUUCAACCGUAGACCUCCGUAUUCCACACCUGCGCCACCAUUAACUAGAUUGUUUUCCGAUGACAGUCGGAGUUUCAGACGGCGGAAUGGACUCUCACACAAACAAAGACUUAAAAUCUAAGGAGGGCAACAACCAGACGUCCAAGAAAUCGCGCGAGGCUGAACGCCGUCGGAGGCGGCGGAAGCAGAAGAAAAACAAGCCCCUCAGUCGAGACGAGACGGGCAGUAAAGUCGAUGAGAAUGGUGAUGGAAUUACCGGAGACGAUAGCGGAAUACAGAACUCCAAUCCUCAGAAGGUUAUGGAGCAAGUUGAAAUAGAGUAUAUCCCUGAAAAAGCAGAACUAGAUGGUGACUUGGAUGAUGAAUUCAGAAAAGUGUUUGAGAAAUUCACUUUUAAAGAAUCUGCUGCUUCUGAGGAGAACGAUAAGAGUGAAGGGGCUGCUGUCACUGCAGUAUCAAAUAAGAAAGCUAGUUCAGAUUCAGAGGAAGAAGAACAAGAUGACCAACAGAAGGAGAAAGGUGGCAUAUCUAAUAAAAAGAAAAAGCUUCAGCGCCGGAUGAAGAUUGCUGAACUCAAGCAGAUUAGUUCCAGGCCAGAUGUAGUCGAGGUGUGGGAUGCUACCUCAGCUGACCCUAAAUUGCUGGUUUUCCUCAAAUCAUAUCGCAAUACUGUUCCAGUGCCAAGACAUUGGUGCCAGAAAAGAAAAUUUUUACAGGGGAAACGGGGUAUUGAGAAACAGCCAUUUCAACUUCCUGACUUUAUUGCUGCCACAGGAAUUGAGAAAAUUAGACAGGCUUAUAUUGAAAAGGAGGAUAGUAAGAAGCUUAAACAGAAGCAACGUGAGCGAAUGCAGCCAAAAAUGGGAAAGAUGGAUAUCGAUUAUCAGGUACUCCAUGAUGCUUUUUUCAAAUACCAGACUAAGCCAAAAUUGACUUCACAUGGUGAUCUCUAUCAUGAAGGAAAAGAGUUUGAGGUAAAACUUAGAGAGAUGAAGCCAGGUACCUUAUCACAGGAACUAAAAGAAGCGCUGGGAAUGCCAGAAGGUGCUCCUCCCCCAUGGCUUAUUAAUAUGCAGAGAUAUGGUCCUCCACCUUCUUAUCCACAUUUAAAGAUUCCAGGAUUGAAUGCUCCUAUUCCACCUGGGGCUAGCUUUGGUUAUCAUCCUGGUGGUUGGGGAAAGCCACCUGUUGAUGAGUUUGGGCGGCCAGUCUAUGGGGAUGUUUUUGGGCAACAAGAAGAACCACCCAAUUAUGAGGAAGAGCCAGUCGAUAAGAGUAAGCAUUGGGGUGAUUUAGAGGAAGAAGAAGAGGAGGAGGAGGAAGAAGAAGAAAUGGAAGAGCAAUAUGAGGAAGAGGAAUUGGAGGAUGGCAUUCAGUCGGUUGAUAGUCUCUCUAGUACCCCAACUGGCGUAGAGACUCCAGAUGUGAUCGACCUUCGCAAACAGCAAAGGAAAGAACCUGAGAAACCGCUUUACCAAGUGUUGGAAGAAAAAGAAGAGAAGAUAGCUCCAGGAACCUUGUUGGGAACAACACAUACCUACGUGAUAGGUGGUGCCCCACAAGACAAGCCGGCAGGCAAAAGGGUUGAUUUGCUUAGAGGUCAAAAAACAGAUAGGGUGGAUGUGUCUUUACAGCCUGAAGAGUUGGAGGCAAUGGAGAAUGUGUUGCCUGCCAAAUAUGAGGAAGCCCGUGAGGAAGAGAAGCUGCGUAGUCAACGGGAAGACUUCAGUGACAUGGUUGCAGAGAAUGAAAAGAAGAGGAAGAGAAAGAUGCAGGAGAAAGACAGCAAGUCAAAGAAAAAGGAUUUCAAGUUUUAGGACACAAAUGCUGCAUGUAUUAUGAGGUACUGUGAUUGAUUAUGGUAAAACUAGAAUCUGCUGACAUGCUUUCUAUGAAAUAUACAAAAACCAACUUCACUCUGCUCUUCCUUCACAUUUUUGCCUGUCCAUUGUAUGUAUGUGGACAAAAACAGACUAUGAUUGGUACAUGUGUCUGGACAAAAUCGCUGAACUUAUCUUACAUGUUUGGGACAGAAAUGGGA